CAAUCUCGCGAGAUGAGACUAGUGACGCCGGAUGUGACGUCCGGCAGAAGUGAAAGAACUACACGUGAUUGGUAUUGCGGGUCUUUUAAGCAGUGGUCUACAACUACAGCGGGACUAUUGGGCGGUAUGAUACUCUCCUAAGUGGCGCAGGACUGACAGCUGUUAACAGCAUCAUAGCAGUCUUGUCAAUUACAGCAAAAUCUGAACAUUACGAAUUGUAAAGAUGUAAAGAAGUUGCAAAAUAUGAUUGAAAUGGCAGCACACCUUGGAUACUCUACUGUUGCCAUAAAUCAUGUCUUUGAAUUUGAAAGCAAGAAGAUGGAAAUCGGAAAACCAAUCUCCACAAAAGAAUUAUUUUCAACUCUACCUACAGUCCAGGGAAAAUCCAUACCCAUCAAAAUCCUCACCAGACUAACAAUUAUUGCAUCAGACCCCUCUCACUGCAAUGUGCUGAGAUCAACCUCACCAUCUACCCGGUUGUAUGAUAUUGUGGCUGUUUUCCCAAAGACAGAGAAGCUGUUUCAUGCUGCUUGCACUAGUAUUGACGUGGACCUCAUAUGCAUCAACGUAACAGAAAAAGCUCCCUUCUUUUUCCGAAGGCCUCCUAUUAAUGCUGCAAUACAACGGGGCAUCUUUUUUGAACUUGUUUAUACCCCAGCAAUCAAAGAUUCAACUUUAAGGCGAUACACAAUUUCCAAUGCGCUCAGUUUAAUGCAGGUCUGCAAAGGGAAGAACAUUAUUAUAUCGAGUGGAGCAGAAAGGGCACUGGAAAUGAGAGGCCCCUAUGAUAUUGCAACACUAGGCUUGCUGUUUGGACUGACAGAAGGAGUUGCCAAGGCUGCCGUAUCUACAAACUGCCGUUCUGCUGUUCUGCACGGAGAAACAAGAAAGACUGCUUUUGGUGUCGUGUACACUGUGAAGAAGACAUGUUUGGAAGAGGAAGAAGCGGAACCAGUUUGUAAAAAAGCCAAGAAAUCUUAGUUACAUAGAUUUCUACUCAUUUUUGCUUUUCCCUGAUGCAGUGUUAAUCCUAACAAGUGAAGUUGCAGAAUUACUACCCAGCAUUGCAGGAUGGACCUAUUUUUGCUUUUAUUUAUAUCCAGGGCAGCUAUUUUUGUAAACCAAUAAAUAGCAAUGGAGAAAAGACUUUGCCUUUUGUUUAAUGUUUAUUGUUAAAUAAUAACAAUAAUAAUAGAUUGACUACAGAGUAUUUUUUUUGACGCAGUUCUGCUGCAGAACAUUUGAGAUUUGUAUUUCUAUUAAAGAGCCAUUAUACAAUGAA